UCCCGACCUGACAAAGGCUGAUGCAGCCUUAUCUUGGCGGGCUUUUAAAGCCCAUGGACACGCCCCAUCCGUUUACUAAGGUGGAAGAGAGGGGUCUAGGGAAACCGGUCUUUUUCUCCCGACAGGCCACUGUUUCACUCAAGAAGCCCCGGCUCAGGCGGGUGGACUGCAACUCCCAGUCUCUCCUCUCCCUCCCUCCCUCCCUCCCCGCAUCCCCAGGAGCAACUGCGCGGUGAGGAGGAGGGGGAGCGCUCCGGUUGCUGUGGCGGAAGCUGCGGCAGCGGAAGGGGCAGCGGCAGUGGCGGAAGCCAGGGCAGAGGUAGCAGCAGAGAAGACAGAGAGAGGCAGCGCCAAUUGAAGGCAGAGACAGUGGCAGCGUCAGCUAAGGUAGAGGCAUCCACGGCAGUAGCAGCAGCAGUGCGGAGAGACAGUGGUAAGGGAGGCGGGGGCGGCAUCACAGCGGCAGCGUUCGGGGUCCCUCGGGCCGCCAAGGUUCGAGUGUCCCCGGGGGGGGCCAGGGCCUGGGUGAGGGCGGGCCAUGCAGGAGGCAGAGGAGCCCUCGCCCCCUCCGCGGCAGCCGCCUCUGCCCCCUGUCUACAUCUACAGCCCGGAGUAUGUCCGCACUUGUGAUUCGCUGGCCAAGGUGCCUAAGAGGGCCAGCAUGGUGCAUUCCCUGAUCGAAGCCUAUGAGCUGCUGAAGGAAAUGAGGGUAGUGAAGCCCAAAGUGGCCUCCAUGGAGGAAAUGGCCAGCUUCCACACGGACGCCUAUCUGCAGCAUCUCCAGAAGGUCAGUGAGGAAGGGGAUGACGAGCACCCUGACUCAGUGGAAUUCGGCCUGGGCUAUGACUGCCCCAGCACGGAGGGCAUAUUUGAUUAUGCGGCCGCUGUAGGGGGCGGCACUAUCACCGCGGCCCAGUGCUUAAUUGACGGAACAUGCAAUAUAGCCAUUAACUGGGCCGGAGGCUGGCAUCAUGCCAAGAAGGAUGAAGCUUCAGGCUUCUGUUACCUCAAUGACGCUGUCCUAGGGAUUUUGCAUUUGAGGAGGAAGUUUGAUCGCAUUCUGUACGUGGACUUGGACCUGCAUCACGGAGAUGGCGUCGAAGACGCUUUCAGUUUCACUUCCAAAGUCAUGACCGUGUCUCUGCACAAAUUCUCUCCAGGGUUUUUUCCGGGGACUGGAGAUGUGUCAGACGUGGGCCUCGGGAAGGGGCGGUAUUACAGCGUCAACGUGCCCAUUCAGGAUGGCAUACGGGAUGAAAAGUAUUAUCAGAUCUGUAGAAGUGUCCUCAAGGAAGUCUAUGCAGCCUUCAAUCCCAAAGCAGUGGUUCUGCAGUUAGGAGCCGAUACCAUAGCUGGGGACCCGAUGUGUUCAUUUAACAUGACUCCAGUGGGACUCGGGAAGUGUCUUAAGUACAUCCUUCAGUGGCAGCUGGCCACCCUGAUACUGGGAGGAGGAGGUUACAACCUUGCCAACACAGCCCGAUGCUGGACAUACUUGACCGGGGUCAUCCUGGGUAGAACACUGUCUUCUGAGAUCCCAGAUCAUGAAUUUUUCACUUCAUAUGGCCCAGAUUAUGUGUUAGAAAUCACCCCCAGCUGCCGGCCUGACCGCAAUGAGCUGCACCAAAUCCAGCACAUCCUGAAUCGAAUUACAGGGAACCUGAAGCAUGUGGUUUAGGGGACAAUGCUAGAUCUGAUUGUGAAAGUAUAGGAAGAUUUCUUAUAAAGCCGACUUUGUGUUUUUAUGAAUUUGUGGCAGUGGGGAAAAUUUCGAAGGCAUCACUUCCCCCACAAUACCAAAAGGCAGCUAGUCUCCUGGGGCUCAGUAAGCAAUCACCUCAGAGAUUAUAGUUGAGGGUUGAAGAAAGAAGGAAGGUAACUUUUAAGGUUCAGGUGCUUUUUUCUGCAACAUGGUUGAGACAAAAUUAAGAUUCCUUUUUAAAAAGGCAGAAGCAGUUUGUAUUCUUAAAAUUAUUUUCUGGUAGAUUUGGAGUGGGGAGUUUUUAUUUUUUAAGCAAACCGUUUGGGGUUAGUUGUUCACUGUUGCUGAUGAAUUUAGAGAGUAGGGUAGUAGAUACAAAUUUAUUUUAAACAUAAAAUUAUAUUUUAACUUUGUCUCACCUUUAAAAUAGUUGCAUAUAUUGUAUAAUUAUAUUUUAAUAAAGAGUUUUUAACAGAUCCAGGAUUUCAUCAAUUUGCAUAUUAUAAGGACCAUUGCAGACUGAAAUAGCUCCAUGCAAGGCCUUCUUUAAGUUCCCAAUACAAGAUUGCUCAAUAGUUUGGAGGGCCUUACUCUUGAAUUUUUAAAUAUAAUACAUUUAAGGUAGUGCUUUAAAGUGUUACAUUUUAUAGGACUUUUAAAAAUGUACAAAGCACUUUACAAAUAUUAUCUCAUUGGUUCUUUACAACCAACCUAUGAGGUAGGUGCUAUUAUUAUCCCAACUGGACAGAGGAGGAAAUAGAGGUUGAGAGAGAUGUGACAGUGAUUUUCCCAGGGUUAUAUAGCUGAUAAUUAUCUGAGGCCAGGAUUCUAACCCAGAUUGUCCUGACUUCAAGUCUAGGGAUCUAUUUAUUUCUUAAUAUCCCAAGAGUCAUCUACAAAUACCAUUCAGUUCUGGGUUUAGUUCUUGUCUAUCUGAUACACCUCUCCAUGUUAUAUAUACACUGAUGGACUAACUUGAUAAACUUCUUGUCCGGCUGCAUGUUAUAGUCUGGGCAAUAUGUAUUUUUAAUUCACUUUGUUGUUUCAAUGAAUUUUUAAAUCACUUUGUUGUUCCAUUGUGAAUGAUUUUACUGUACUAAUGUGUAUUUCAAUGAGGAAUUUUUGGAGUAUUCUGGGGAUGUCAAAAUAUUACCUACUAGGGAGAAACUCCUUAUCAAUAAGUAAUUCCUUUCUUCUUCUUCUUUUUUUAUGCUUGGACUAUGACCAGGCAUCAACCAUGACAGUGGCAGAUUUAGGUAAGCGCAUCUUCCUGUUUUAUACCUCACUGGAUGACAGUACUCAGUGGAUCACUAAACAAAGAUGGAGGGAAUAAAACUUCAAUUCAACAUCAAGAAUCAAGUAAAAAUUAAAGAGAAAUUAGAGAACAGCAGUGAAAAAUCUGCCUUUGAGAGAAAACAGACAAGCUACCUAGAGUCUAUUUUAGUGAUUGCUCGAAUUCUAUUCUUGAAUUUCUAUAAAUAUCAGAACCUCAGCUUUCAAAGGGAGCUCAAAGAAACCAUAUAGUCUAACAAGUCCUUGACCACUACAAUUUCUCCAGUAAACAGUCAGCAAGCAAUCAAAUGAAAACCUCAAGAGGAGGAGUUAGAGCCAAGAUGAUAAAGUACAUUCUCCCAAAUUCCUCUCCAAACAACUUUAAAUGAUAUAUGAAAUCAAAUUUUGAAUCUGCAUAAUAAACACAAGAGGUUGGCAAAAAAAAGGUCUGUUUCACCAGAUCAGUGAUAAGAGCCAGGCUACACUGCAGGCAGCAAAGUCUACAGCUAGGAGUCCUUAGGGCACACUGAGGGGUGAGAGGCAGAGGUUGGUUGGACAACUGGUUGGAAGUAGAGGACUGAGUCAGCAAGAGCCUCUUGAAUUGCUCCUAUGCAGUUCUGGGGCCCAGUCCCAAAUGAAGAGGAACAAUAGCUCUUGCAGCCACAACAUGACUGUUACACAAGUGAAGGUUCCAGGGAAGAGAAAAAUGUAUGAGAGCACUUGUGGGAGAGUGGGGGCCCAGGUCUCAACACUACAAUCCCCAUGAGCCUUUGCUCCACUUCCCCAGAAUGCCUUGUAAUCUCACCUGGGCCGAGAUCGAGGUGGUAUUUAAGCUGAUUGAAAGGCUUUUGAGGGGUCUCUCGGACUCUUGGACUUCCGUUUUGGGGCAGGCCUGGCUUUUUUCAUAAUGUAGGUGAGGUUGUGUCUAGGCCACUCUAUGGCCUGGACACGUGUUUCUUAUCCUGUAUUUUCUUUAAUCUUUAAUCUUCAAUAAACCUAUAAAAAUUAUAAUACUCCUUGCAGAGAGAAACUAAUUUCUACAUUUCUUUUCUACCUCAGUCUCCCCAUCUCCCCUAAAUUUUAAUCUUUACAGUUGGCGUAACCACUUCGGGAGAAAAAAACUCUCAAUAUUCUGAUUUAAUCUUUAAUAUCUAGUACCUAGAAAUUAUUUUUUUUUUGAGCCAUAUCUCUCUGGCCAAGGUUUUCUACCUUUUGCAAAGCUGCUACAGGCUCCGGACCUGUUGCGUUUGCUGCCCAUCCCACCUGGCUCAGCCCGGUCGCUUCCUGCCUGCAGCCUGCAGCCCUGAUCGUCCUCACCUGGUACCUGGUCCUGGCCUUGCCCACCCCCGCAGCCACUCCAGCUCCUGCUCCUGGCCUCUCACCAGCCCGCUGUCUGCCUAUUUCUGCGCCCCAGACCCACGAGCACAACCCCAGUUGGCUCAUCACCCAGAUCCUUGGAGCAGAUCGCUCAGGACUCAUUGUGACCAGCUGGUAACAGUAUUGGCCACGUGGGCAGAGGGGAGAGAAGAGAGGGAAAGGAGACCGGGUAAUUUUCCCUUAGGCUAAGCCUCCACAUGGAUGGGGGUAUUGGCCACAGGGCUAUCAGAGAGGGGAAAGAGAGAAAAGGGAGAGGAGAAGAAACAGAUUUUUCAAACAGAAACUUAAAAAGCAAUAGGCUGUGUAAAAAGAUACUUUUUGACUGUUCUGGUAAUUUCAUUGAUUUCACCUGCAUGCCAGAGGAAACAUUCAGCCGAAAGAUUCAACUUUGAAUUUGCAAAUGAGUGGCUCAGGGAACUGAGAGCAUGGUUCUGUGUUAAAAUCUGGCCUCAGAUAUUUCCCAGCUAUGGGGGCCUGAACGGGUCCCUUGAAACCCAUUGCCUAGUUCUUACUACUCUGCCUUCGGACAAAAGACAUUUAAAUGGAUAAACACACCUAAGGAACUUUAAAGACUGGAGGUUAUAUUUAAGGCAUUUCAGACUCCAAUGGUUUAUAAAAAUCUCUGUAUUCUAUUGCGUUUUUUGUUAUGGUUUAACUUUGUGAUUUUAAGUUUAUAUAUUACUGGAUUCAAUAUUAUUCUGCUUGAACUGAAGGUUGAUUGAAUUUAUUUUGAAUGUACUGAGUUUUGAAAUUCUGUUGUUUUUCCCCUAUAGCUGUGUUGAACAAAUAUUAUUGUGAAUUAAGCCCAUAUAAAAAAACAAAACAAAACAAAACAGCUUUUUUCUAUUUUGCUGAGGAUAGAUGGACUUCAGAACUGGUUAUAAUUGUAUUAACAACCUUGGAAAAAAUUUAAUGUGCUAAAUAUCUCAAAUGAUUUUAAGGGUUUUUAAAACAUGAUUUUUGGAAUUUUUUUCUUAACAAUCUCUGGUUAUUUUUGCCUUCCCCUACCACGAGGUAAGGCCAAUAGUAGCUGAAGUGAAAUACAUUUUAUAAACCCCAACAUUUCCACAUGUGAAUGUAAGUUGGGCAGUUAAUCUCAGGGCAUUUGUAUCCCUAAAAGCCUCCAAGAUGCUCACUAUUUUACUUGCACCAGAAUGGUAUCUAGAUUUCUUGAUUAUGUUCUUAACCAAAGAUGAGUUUUACUUUGUUUAAAAAAAUAUAUGUUUAAAUACCAAGGUUGAAAGAUUGCUACGUUUGUAAAAAUUGUGACAAAUAUCCAUCAAUUCAUAGGUUUUAAAAAUGUCUUACAGCAACUUAUGUGAAAAAUGAAAGUGUGUUUGUUUGCUAUUGUAAUUAAUUGGGUUAUUGAGAAUUUUGGGGAUUUUGAUAACUACAUAUUUGCACUAUUGCAUUUUUUAAAAUGAAAGAAAUGUUAACCUUGUUCAAUUCAUUUGCCUUCUACUCACAGUGAUCAUGGCCAGAUAUUAAGAGGAAAUGGAUCUCAUUUUUGGUGAGAAAGCCUUGCAUUUCUUAGCUGACACAGAGUGUCAAUGAUUAUAAGCUAUAUUUUUGAAUUUUUUAAAGCUCUUUUAUUAUUAUAUUUUUCUUGCAUGUGCAAUAUACUUUCAGUUUUUUUAUUUUUUCUCUCCAUUUUAUAUUUGAAGCACAUGUCACCAGCAUUAAAUUUUUCUUUAACUUUGUGACUUUUCAGUGCUACAAGUUUGAAAUACAUGCUAAUGCAUGCCCUAAAAGGCUUGUGACUAUAAAAAUGAUGCCACUAAUUAUUUAAAUAAAUUAUGGGACUUUGCUUAAUGAUUCUGUCUGAUUCCAGGACAAGAUAUACACACAAGAGCCAUUGCACAGAGCCAAAGAAAGGCCAAUCCAGGAUGGACUGAUGCACGUCUAGGCCAAUACAAAGGUCUUGAACCUAGUGUGAAGACUCGAGGUUACUGUGUUUAACAUGUUGUUACUACAUAGGCUUUCCUUGUGUCCACACUCGCUCUGAAGAUACUCACAGACGAGUAUCCCCCAAACCUUGGCUCCUAUAAUCUGGUCCCUUUCUUUUCUGCCUCUCAUAGUGUGGUACCUUUCUGUAGACCAGGCUACUGACUGGGUAAAUGCAUCAUUGCUUAGAUCAUUUUGAUUGGGCCCUGAUUCAAGGACCUGUUAUAGAUUUAUUUUCUUUUACUUGGAAUUUUUACACAUAAGACUUUGAGAGUCUAUAUUUUCAUCCAGAAAUUUUUCUAGUCUUUUUGAUUUUUCUGAUGUCUUUUUAAUAUCUCUUGCCAAUUGAUUCAUAUACCUCAUACCUCAGCCAUGCAUCCCUAACUGAUUCUGUAUCUUUCAAUCACCCACAACACGGGGAAAUAUAAAAAAAUAUUAUUGUAAAUUGCAAAGUUUAAAUUCCUUUUGAGAAGAAUUUUAGGUAAAGAAGAUGCUACCUCUCUGAAUCCAGAACUGAACUGUUGGAGAAGCCACCAUGAAGAAGCCUCCAGACCACAAGUUGCACAAGAUCAAAUUGAACUUUGGGUGUGGUUGAUUGAACAUUUAUUUGUAUGUAUACUUUUAUGCCAAAGGGGACUGCCCCCAAUGGCUUUUUGUCAAUGCGUUCAGCAAUUAUUGGUUUUAUUCUUUUUUCUCUUAUCCUCACAUUAUUGUAAUCUUUUAAGUUUAUUGUGUCUUUAUGAUCCUUUUGGGGAAAAUAAUUUUUUCAAAAAUGAUCACACGGUGAAAUGUAAAAAAUAGACUCGAAUACAGGACUACAAUCCCCAUGAACCUUUGCUCCACUUCCCCAGAAUGCCUUGUAAUCUCACCUGGGCCGAGAUCGAGGUGGUAUUUAAGCUGAUUGAAAGGCUUUUGAGGGGUCUCUCGGACUCUUGGACUUCCGUUUUGGGGCAGGCCUGGCUUUUUUCAUAAUGUAGGUGAGGUUGUGUCUAGGCCACUCUAUGGCCUAGACAUGUGUUUCUUAUCCUGUAUUUUCUUUAAUCCUUAAUCUUCAAUAAACCUAUAAAAAUUAUAA